UGGUUAAAAGUGCAGUUAUAAUUUCCCAUUUAAAAAGAAUUUAGGCAAAUUAUUCACGAAUUCUUUGUAAGAGACGGGCGUACGACACUGAAUAAUAAUUAAAAUUGCAUUGUGUCAAGCUUCAAGAUUGUUCGAGUGGUGCGAUAGCAAAGAUUAAAGUUUUUAUUUGACAUAAAUUAAAUCAUUUGCAAUUUUCGCGUGAGGUUGUAAAGAAAGGCAGUGGUGUUGUGUAAAUGUCCAGUAGCAGAAAUCUAUAGAGGAAAGUAACGGAGAUUUUGUGGAAUUGAAAUUCUAGGAAUAAAAAUAUGUAUCGAAGCAGUCCUGAGACGAAAAAGCAACCCGAAAUGUUAAACAAUUUCUUUGGUUUAAAUAGCUUGCACAUGAAGUGCUUCCAAGAAAUGUACUUGGAUACGUGCAGCAAAUUGGUAGCAACCUCACCAAAUGUUUCUCCAACAUCCUCAAUGAUGGAUACUUCGUCGCUGGGCUCCUCUUCACUUUCAUCUCUAUCCCCCUCAUCAACGCCAAGUUUGACUCCACCUAGACAACAACAAUUGCCCAUAGGUAGUGGUGCUAUGGAAAGUGCACAACAACAGCAGGAUGAGAUAUCGAAAUCUUUGCAAAUGUUUGCUAUGUUAACAGCCUAUUCAAACGGAAAUGAAUCUCCUGUUGGUAUUGAAGUGCCCCAGCUGCCACAGUCUCCCGUUGAAGCUGUAAUGCAAGAUUUUGCAUGCAACGGUUAUAUUUGCGAUGAACUUAAUCGUUACCAUUUGGGUAUACAUUUGUCUAAUGCAGGAGCUGCUGCCGCUGCCGCUGCUGCAUGUAUGGGUCAUAAUGCAACAGCUGCACAUACUCCAAGCCUAUUGACGGCAGCUAUUAAUCAACAUCAUAGUGGCAUUAAUGCAACUACUAACACUUCCACACUUGCAUUAACUCCACAACAGAUUCAACAACUGCAGCAGCUUCAGCAGUUACAGCAACUUCAGCAACACAACAUUAAUCUGAAUUUUAACAAUAAUUUUUGGAAAAUGUUACCAACCCAAAUGCACCAACAAAAUAUUGUAUCUUCAGCUACCGCGGCAGCUGCUGCCAAUAUGGAUUACAAUUGUAAUCAAAACAAGAAGAUUCCAAAACGUUAUAAUGGACAAAAGAAUGAAAAAUAUACAUCAGCAAAACAUUGUGUUUUCUGCGAAAAUAACAAUGAGCCUGACGCUGUUGUUAAAUCUCACGCCGUGCGUGAUUCGUUGGGCAGAGUGCUUUGCCCAAAAUUACGAACUUAUAUAUGCCCAAUUUGCAAAGCAUCCGGUGAUAAGGCACAUACUGUUAAGUAUUGCCCCCAAAAACCCAUUAUUACAAUGGAAGAUGCCGUCAAUGCGGAAUCGUUCCGCCUAUCCAAAGGCACAUAUUACAAACAACAAAUGAAAGUUUAAAUUAUAAGAUAAACUACACUAAUCAAUAUCAAAUUGAUUACUGCGGAAAAAAAGGAAAUAUCAAUUUAAAUUUGAUAAAUUCUAUUUUUUUAGUAAACAAAACAAAAAAUGUUUUGAAAACUUUUCUAUACUGAAUUACGAUAGAAUAAAACGCUUGAUGCGUAUUCGUUAGACUUUACAUUGAAAAAAAAUCAUAAUAAUAAUAAAAAUUUGAUUACUUAGAUGUUUUAUAUGUAUAAUCUUUCAGUUGAACUAGCUGUUAAAUGUAUUAAAAUUUUAUUACAAUUUUUUUUUUAAUUUUUUAACAUAUCACGUAUUUAUCAAUCCAUAUGUAUUUCAUUACAAUGAAUUUUCUUUCAAUAUAUGUAAUAUGCAAUAUACUUUGCAUUAUAGUUGCUCUUGAUGAGUUUACGAUUUUCUUCCAAUUUGUUGAUCAAAAAGGGGAAUUCGAUAU